AUGGAGGAGUCAGGAGAAAAUUGGCCUUCUAAUUCUGAUUUGGAAAUUUGUGAUGACGUUAUUUUUGAAGAUGGAGAAUUUGAAUCAUAUGAUGAUGAGUUUGGAGAUUCCACCGACAGAUAUGAGAGGGACCUGAGAGAGAAAAUGCUGGCACUUUCAGCCACCAUACCUGGUUUGGAGAAGAUGGACGACAUCUUGAUCCUAGAGAAAACCAGACAGUACGUGAAACAACUUCAAGAACGUGUGAAAGAGUUGGAAGACGUUGGAUCCAACAAUAUUUCUAGCGACAAUUGUGGAACAAGUAAUAAUAUUAUUCCUGAUGUGAAAGCAAGAGUGUUACAAAAGCAAAUACUUAUCACAGUCCACUGUGAGAAACAAAAGAGUGUUAUGCUCAAAAUACUUACCCAUCUUGAAAAUCUUCAUCUUUUAAUACUGAGUAGUAGCGUCUUGCAAUUUGGAAAAUUCAAUUUUGAUAUCACCAUCGUUGCUCAGAUGGGAGAUGGAUACAAUAUUACAAUGGAUGAACUAGUGAAAACACUCAGAAUAGUGAUAUCAACAAAGUAG